AUGUCGCUCGCCCGCCCUGCCGCCUGUCUUAUUACCAGCCGCAAAACUAAUGAACACCAGCUCAGAGAUGAUUCUCAUGGCCCGCGUACAGACCUAGCGUCAUUCAGCCAGACCAGCCGUAUAUGCUACGAGGCAGCAAUCCCAUUUAUCUACAGCUCUCUCUCUAUCAUAUUUCACGAUAAGGAAAGCCUGCAGAACGCUGUUUCUGAGCUGGCAGAUGAUGGUCGAGGAUGUCGGUUCCUCAAAUACGCUCGCAGAAUUUACAUAAUAUGUCUUAAAACGCCCAAUUUAAAGUCUUGGGUGACGAACCUGCUAUGUGACAAGUUCCAGGCCCGCAGAUACACCUUUUUGGACCCCCGUCUGACAGGUUCGAUUGCGGACUUGGCCAGCCUUCAUGGGCCAAGUAAAUGGGAACCGAUUGAGUCUCUCCUUCCAAAAUUUCACCACUUGGAGCAAUUCAAUUUUCUCACAGAGAAUCAGUUCACAGUUGGCUUGAGCAAUGCUCUUUUUCACAAUCAUCCAAAUUGCAAGCUGGAUAUCACAUACGCCCAGGAUGUAGCGAGCAGUGCAGUUCCAGAAACUGACCGGCUGAAUGACCCUGAAACAAUCAAUCACAAUGAUAUAUAUGAUGGGGAGCUAUGGGAGGAGGAUUUAAUCGAUGAGAUGACAAGUCAGAAGGAGGAAUUCUUUGACAUCGAUGUCCUUCAACUACCAGGUCUUCAUACCCUCGCUAUGCAAACUCCCCGACCCUACCGUAAUAUCUACCACAACGCCAAUUGGACCGGACUGGAAUAUGGAGACCGCAUUCUGCCUUUUGUUGCUAGUGCUCCUGGCCUAAGGCAUCUUGUCUUGGCAGUUCAGUCUUCAGACAUCAAGUUUCCAAUCGCUAAGCUGGAGAAGCAAUGGAAAAACCUGGUCAACGUCCACCCACUCACACGAGUCUCCACACUAGAAUCAAUAUCGAUCCCAUCAUAUGGACCAUCGGAAGGGGUCAUUCUUAAAUUAGCGGCUGCUAUCGACAUUUCCGGUCUGCGGACACUCUCCAUCGAUAAAUACCAUGACCCAGCCAAUCUGGCACAGAUUGGGAAGCUCUUUCCCAAUCUCGAACGUCUCUUUAUCGGCUUUGAGCCCUCAGGAUGGACUAGCCAGGACCUUGACGCAGAUCACGAGGAUGCAAUCACUGCCGUAUGUGCUUUCCGACCAUUGAAAUAUCUUCGUCUUCAUUUCAUUCGCAACGUGAGAAGCGUGCAGCGAAUUGUCGAGCACCAUGGUCCGUCCUUGAAGGGACUCGUCAUCGAUACCUCAUUAAAGCGACGGGUCAGGAUCAUGCCUCCCUCAAAAGACCAAGGAUUCAAAUAUCCCACAUUUGAUGCUUAUAAUAUCCGAUUGCUGGCGCAGUCCUGUCCUUAUCUAGAAGAGUUGCGUCUCCAAAUAGAACGGUCAGCGGGCAAUCAAGCAGAAUGCGAAGCAUAUAAAGCUCUUGGAGGAUUUUCGAGUCUUCACACCCUGGUUCUUGACCUCAACUAUGCCCGACCAAAAGAAGGGGCAGAGGAACAACCUCUUCGUGAAAUGUUCGUGAAUGCGGCUAUCGACGAGAAACUUACUCUCGGGAUCUGGAACCUGAUCAACGCCAAUCAAAUCUCCCGCCGUUUGCGUUAUCUUCGUGUUAUGCCAUUUGGAUCCCCUGCUCUCCCGAAGGUGGAAGCCCGUCUACUUGAAUGUUUUCCUCGGUCAUACUUGGUCACAAAAUGUAAUAGCAGCUCGGGGUCUCCGACCAUUGAAGAGAUUGGGAAGGUAGCACGUGAGAGACGGCGACAUUUUAUCCCCAAGAUAUUUCAACAGAUUCUGUAUGAUAUCUGGCCGUUGAUGCCUAAGGGGACCAAUUGGACAUCAGGCUGGACCAGCCUCCCUUUGGAGGUAGAAGCCGUUUGA